AUGUUGGAGAUAGAGGUGGAAUUGCCUCAAGGAACCAAGACCAUCGAGUGGAACAAGGCGCAUCCCACAUUUCAAGAGCUCAAGCAAAGAUUGCGCCAGUGUGGAAUCGGACUCUGUGGCGAUGUUUGUGUAGAGGUUGAGCGGGGAGGUGGGUUCUUAAUCCCUGAUAACAAUGGCCUACUGGACGGGCCCAAAAUCCGUGCUCGAGCGUCCCAGAUUGUGUGCACGACAACGACGAAGAUAAUGCCCAACCAACCUCCAAGAAAAGACUGUUCGACUGGCACUGAGAAGGUAUCAAGAGCAUACCAUAACAGGUACGAGGAGCUGUUCGUAGAGGGAGUGAUCCCCUUCGUGGGACGAGUGUUUGUACUAUCGAAGAAGCACAAGAACAUUAAUCUUGAAGACUGUACGGGCACGGUCGCGCUGGUGGGGCCAAAGGGCGAGUCGAUUGGAGCAUUCCAUUCCGUGAGAAAAGCAUGGAAGCAUCCAAGACACUAUGAUGUGUACAUUCAGUACAUGAACCACAACAAAUAUCCAUGCUUCCCUGCCAAAGUCGUGGUCUACGACGACCAGUUCGACAUUUUCAUUGCAUCGCCCCUUCCUCCGUUUCAGCUCCACUUCCCUAAAUUCCUCCAACCAGCCAGCGGCAUUGCAAUGGGCGACACAGUACACUGCAUAGGAUUUCCAAAGCUCAUGGUUGCACAGAUGCGGGAACAUACAAAGUCUAACAUCACCGCUGCUCCGAAAGACAAGGAGUUUCCAGCAGUUUUCACGGGCAAUGUCUGCUUCUCAGGGUGGAAGCAGGUGCUCGCGGACUACAGGUCAUUACCGAACAACUCCGGAGCAGUGGUUGUGGACGACUGCGGCCAUUUGAAAGGUAUUCACGUAUCCUCCUUAAAUGCAUCAAAAUACGUUCCGGAACACACAGAGUUUCAAGAUGACAAGGCCAUGGCGGAUCCAACAAAAACAUUUUUCGAUCAAGUGAACAGGUCCUUGCCACAACUUCUGUCAAGAGUGCAGCAAAGCACAGAGGCCGCAAUAUUCAUCCCAGUAAAUAUCUUGAUGAAGACGCUGGUUCCAGCAAUACACCAAACCACAAGUCCUAUUCUUUACAAAAGCACUCCAACGGUACUCACAGCAACGCAUCCAGAGUAA